AAAUCUGAUACACUGGAAUUUUCGAAGUCGAUGUCAGCCAUUGAUAUUUCUGUGAAUAAAGGAAUUGUUUGUUCUUCGACAUUACAAUUUUUCGUGCACGAUAAACGGGUCAUUUGAAUUUAAAAAAACUUGUAAAUUUGGAUUUACCAAGCAGCUUCAGUAUCGUCAAUUUCUUGUUUGCAUUUUGAAAGAAAAUUCUUUUAGAAAAUCGAAAAAAAAUGGGUGACAGACCAAAACGACCACUUUCUUCGUAUAUGAUUUUCUUGAACGGUCAACGUGAGCAAAUCAAAAGAGAAAAUCCUGGCAUCAAAAUUACGGAAAUCGCUAAACGCGGCGGUGAAUUAUGGCGUGCAUUGGAGGACAAAAGUCAAUGGCAUGAGCAAGCUGCUGAGGCCAAGGAAAGGUAUACAAAGCUCAUGAUGGAGUUUGAAGUGAAUGGCGGAUCGAAAGAUGCUCCAGUCAGUCGUAAGCGGAAGAUGGGGAGUAAGAGUUCAGUUGUCGCACUUACUACGUAAUUUGAGUAGUAUGACCAUAUGUAUGACCAGUUGCGUAGUACAUCAAUUUCAUUUUCAUUAAAAGUUCGAAUUUUACAAACUCAUUUUUACAAUUUGAAAUAAAACGCAACAGCUUAAGAAUACGUUUUUAGUUCAAGUUCAAUCAAAUAUAUUCCGUAAUGUAACUUUAAGCCCAUCAAUGAAUUAACAGACACAUAAAAAUGAGAUUCAAUUGUUUAACACAAAAAAUUUAAUGAAUAAAUGGCCGUUACACCGUAAUAAAAUCGCACUGUCACUA